UCCAGCUAUAUAAUAGCCUCACUCACAUUCAAUCUUUUCAGAAUCUGAAAUACUACACUACAUCCACAUACUUUGCAGCUGAGUUCAUCUUGAAAAGUUUUCUACUAUCAGAAUCUUGAAUAGGCUACUACACAACAUCCACAUCUGCCUUUGCUGCUGAGUUCAUCUUCGAAAGUUUUCUACUAUCAGAACCAUGGUGUUCCAUAAGGAGUUCCAGAUUGCAGGAAAGGGGCCUGGUCUUCAGGUAUGGCGUGUGGAGAAGAUGGAUCUGAAGCCGGUUCCUAAACAGCUCUACGGGAACUUCUUCACUGGAGACUGCUACGUUUUGCUCUACACCACCGCCGCCCCCUCAUACUACAUCCACAUGUGGCUGGGAAAUGAAAGUUCUCAGGAUGAGAUGGGUGCGGCGGCCAUCUUUAGCUCCCAACUGGAUGAUUUCCUGGGUGGAGGCCCGGUACAAUUCAGAGAGGUCCAGAACAAUGAGUCUAUCACCUUCCUGGGAUACUUCAAGUCUGGCAUCAAGUACAAGCAAGGUGGGGUGGCCUCUGGCUUCCAGCACGUGGUGACCAAUGAGAUGAACGUCAAGCGUCUGCUGCACAUCAAGGGCCGCAGGGUCAUCAGAGCCACGGAGGUGGACAUGUCCUGGUCCAGCUUCAACAAUGGGGACUGCUUUAUCAUCGACCUGGGAAAGGACAUCUUCCAGUGGUGUGGCAGUGAGUGCAACCGCUUCGAGCGACUGAAGGCGUCCGAGGUAGCCAUCGAUGUCCGUGACAACGAGAGGAAUGGCCGUGCCAAGCUGCAAAUUGUUGAGGAGGGAGGAGAGCCAGAGGCUAUCAUCAACGCUCUAGGGCCCAAACCAAACAUCCCUGCAGGAAGCCCUGAUGACGAGACUGUUGAAAGAGCCAACAAGAAGGGAGCUCUCUACAUGAUCUCUGACGCGGCAGGCUCCAUGAAGGUGUCAGUGGUGGCCCAGACCAGCCCCUUCAAACAAGAGAUGCUCUCCCCCAGCGAGUGUUACAUUCUGGACAACGGAUCGGACUGCAAGAUCUUUGUCUGGAAAGGACCUAGUGCCUCCACAGAUGAGCGCAAGGCUGCCAUGAAUGCUGCAGAACAGUUCAUCAAGGAGAAGAAUUACCCCAAGCACACCCAGAUCCAGGUGUUGCCGUGCGGAGGAGAGACUACCCUGUUUAAGCAGUUCUUCUGUAACUGGAAGGACAAGGACCAGACCACGGGCCCAGGCCAGGCCUACAGUGUGGGACGUAUUGCCAGGGUGGAGCAGGUCCCCUUCGACUCCUCCUCCCUACACACCAACAAGACCAUGGUUGCCCAACACGGCAUGGUGGAUGACGGAUCUGGGAAGGUUCAGGUGUGGCGUGUGGAGGAUGGUGCCCAGGUGCCAGUGGACCCCUCCAGCUACGGCCAGUUCUAUGGAGGUGACUGCUACCUGGUCCUGUACAGCUACCGCCUAGGAGGCAGGGAGCAGCAUAUCAUCUACACCUGGCAGGGGCGGAAGUGUACUCAGGAUGAGCUGGCUGCUUCCGCCUUCCUGACGGUCAAGCUGGACGACUCCAUGGGAGGCUCACCUGUCCAGGUGCGUGUGACUCAGGGCCAGGAGCCGGCCCACCUGAUGAGUCUGUUCAAGGGGAAGCCCAUGGUGAUCCACCUGGGUGGAACGUCCCGUAAGGGGGGCCAGAGCAAGGUGGGCUCCACACGCCUCUUCCACAUCCGCCAGAGCUCCACCAAGGCUACACGGGCUGUAGAGGUGGAGCCCUCUGCUACAUUCCUGAACACCAAUGAUGUGUUUGUGCUGAAAUCCCCUGACACUGUGUUCCUGUGGAGGGGAGUGGGGGCCACUGAGGCGGAGAUGGCUGCGGCACAGUAUGUCACCUCUUUCCUGGGAGGAGGGAAAGCCACUGUGGUGUCAGAGGGCAAGGAGCCUGCUGGGUUCUGGUCUGCUCUGGGAGGGAAGAAGGAGUACCAGACCUCCAGCGGUCUGCAGAAGAUGGUGAAGCCACCGCGCCUGUUUGGCUGCUCUAACAAGACUGGCAGACUCAUAGCUGAGGAGGUGCCUGGAGAUUUCACCCAGUCAGACUUGGCAACCGAUGAUGUCAUGCUUCUGGACACUUGGGAUCAGGUCUUCCUCUGGAUAGGCAACGAGGCCAACGAAGUGGAGAGCACCGGAUCAGCAAAAAUUGCCAAAGACUACUUGGAUUCGGACCCCUCUGGUCGCCGGGGCAUUGCCAUCACCACGAUCAAGCAGGGAAUGGAACCGGCAACCUUCACCGGCUGGUUCCAGGCAUGGGACCCCAAGAUGUGGGAAACAGACCCUCUGGAGCGUAUCCGUGCCCGUUUUUAAAAUGUACUGUCACUAGGACAACCACUUCCCCCUUCUCCCUCCCGUUCUUUACCCUCGCAUGGAUUCAUCUCCAUUAUAUUGGACCAGUUUACAGUUUACUGCUUGGAUUAGCUCUGUUGCGGAUAUGUUUGUGUUCUAGCCUACUCCAUUGCUGUGAUUGUCAAGCCAAAUGUUUGAUAUAACAAUGAGUGACAAGGAGUAUUGUCUUUAUUUUACUAUUUUCAUGUAUAACUGUGUGGAUUCUCAAAUAUGUUAGUUACACGUGUAAAUGUGGCCUUCAAGGGGCAAUCAGAAGUUGCGACAUACAUUUUUGGACUUAGAGAUUAAUUAUGUGUACCCAUUGAUUCUUGAAGAAUAUAUGUUAUAAAUACCUCAUUAGCUUAGUUCAACUGACGUACCCCAUUAGAACCCCAAUAUAAGCUUAUUUUUACUCCAAUGUUUGUAAACAAUAUAGCCUCAAAACAUUGGUUAAAACUAUAAUUUUGAUAUAAUGGAUGGUCAAUCCUUGCGUCCAUAGCUCUGUCUAUGAAUUUGAGAGUGAUUGCAUUUUUCCAGCCCCAUCUCUCAGCUUUUUGUUACUUCUUUUUCAAUUUUUUACUUUUCAAUUUUUUAUUUAACACUUAUUAAAAAAAUGUUCUUCACUUCUUAAAGCAUUGUAGGUGAAGGGUUUGUAAGUAAGCAUUUUAGCGCAUAUGACAGAUAAAAUUUAAUUUACCAAACCAGGGCUGAGGAGACCGCUUUGUUAUGGUUUCUUCUGCUGAUUUCCACUUUAACAAUGAUGGGCAUUUAAAAAAUACACUUUUGCUAUUGUAAAAUUUGCCUAACAAAGUCUAUUUCAUGCUUGUAUACUGUAGUAAAUUAACUUUUGUUAGUAAUAAAACAUCCUGUUUUUUGAAA